AUGGACACGUGCCAGUGGCUCACCGAACAAAUGUGUAAACUAAAAAUUAACACUCUAUACGCAACACCGGAUUUCAGUCCCUUGGACUGUCGACGAAAGCCCUUGUCGUCGACAAUCCUCAUCGUCCCAACCACCGACGACGGGGUAGCGUUUGUCCGCAACCAGCGGAUCCCGCACGCCCUGGUGGUGGUGUGGCAGGCGCCCAUUAACUAUGACUCACUCUGCCGUAACGAGCCUACCAUCUUUGGAAGAUUCCAUGUUCACAUGGCAAACCCACACAAAAAGUAA